AGGAGCAUUUUCAGAAUUUACACUAUUGCCUGCUAUUGCUCCUAUUGCUACUCACGAGCGCAGAUGUCCUAAACUUGUAAACUGCUCCGAAAUGUCACUGCGAUUUUCUUGGAACUGGAGCAGUCACAUACUGCGACGUUGGUGGAGCUGUGACAAAGUAGCGGACUGCGAUUUCACAACCCACCUCUACCGUUACGCCGAUACGCUGUUUUUAGGAUAGUGUGGCUGCACCCUGAGAAAUUUAAAAAUUUUGAGAACUAAAAUUAAAGAAAUAAUGAAAGUAAUCCAUUAAAUAAAGACUACAAUUAAAGAAUUUAUCUAAAAACGCCAUAAUCCUGAUUCUAACGAAGGCACUAAAAUAAUGCGAAGUGUACUAUUAAGGCUUGGUCGGUUAAAGUUCCAUAAAUCAUGUUUUUAAAAUAGUUUUUCAUAAUUUAUUUACAAAUUUAGAAAAUUCUAAGUUUGUUUAAAUCUCUAAAGUAAUAUUGAUACUAAAUAAUCAACAUGUCCGCUUCAAAGAGCAGUCCUAACUUUAAUAUCUUGCGUUCGGAACUUAAGGAAGUUUUGAAAAAAGCUUUCAAGGAAAAUAAUAUAAGUUUGUUGGAAAAUAAAAUAUCACAGUAUAAAAGGACCGAGCUUGAUUUAAAAACUCCAUUAGAUCAAGCUUUUAGAGACAUUUUGCUUGAUUUGUUAGCAGAGGAGGUUGAUGUCUUAAUUCUUAAAUCAUUUGUUGAAUUUUCUAUUGAGUCGUGUAGGAAAUUCUUAAGCACUCCUACUAUACCAGUUAUACUGCUUGGUGAUAUUUUUGAUACACUAACAUUAGAUACUUGUCAGGGUAUGUUUGGUUUUAUUGAAGACAAUGUUCAUGUAUGGAAAGAAGAGCUAUUUUUUACUGGUUGUAAAAAUAAUUUACUACGUUUGUGUAAUGAUUUGUUAAGAAGAUUGUCACGUACAACUGCUACAGUAUUUUGUGGAAAAAUUCUAUUGUUUCUGGCUAAGUUUUUCCCAUUUUCUGAGAGAUCAGGUUUAAACAUUGUAAGCGAAUUUAAUUUGGAGAAUGUAACUGAAUAUGGUACAGAUUCAACGGAUGACAUUGUUACAGAAAUCGUUUCAGGAGAUCAGAAACAUGUAAUAGAUUUCUCAUUUUAUUGCAAGUUCUGGCAAUUACAAGAUUUUUUUAGAAAUCCGAAUCAGUGCUAUGACAAAAUCCAAUGGAAAACAUUUUGCUCACAUUCUAUGAAUAUUUUAAAUACAUUCCAAGGCAUUAAAUUAGAUUAUGUAACACCUUCUGAUAACAGUGCUAAUGUUGGAUACUUCGCAAAAUAUUUGACAAGCCAGAAAUUAUUAGACUUGCAAUUACAUGAUGUUAGUUUUCGACGUUCCGUUUUACUACAAUUCUUAAUAAUAUUUCAGUAUUUGACUUCUUCAGUUAAAUUUAAAUCUGACAAUUACGAACUAAAACCAGAUCAAAAAGAAUGGGUUACUAAUGCUACAGAAAAAGUGUAUACUUUAUUAAAGGAAACUCCACCUGAUGGCGAAAGUUUUGCAGAAGUAACAAAAAGUAUACUGAAAAGGGAAGAGUUAUGGAAUGCAUGGAAAAAUGACGGCUGUCCAGAGAUCAAAAAAUCUUUGCCUCAGAGUGAACCUGUAAGUGAAAGAAUAGAAAAUGUGCAGCCAAUGUUAGGCGAUCUAAUUAGACAAGCCAAUGAAAAGGGAAAAUAUUAUAUGGGAAACGCUGAACUAACGAAGCUUUGGAAUAUGUGUCCAAAUAAUUUAGAAGCAUGUAAAGGUAAAGAAAGGGACAUUAUGCCCUCGUUAGACGAAUAUUUUGCGGAAGCGAUGGCACAAAUAGAAUCAAAUGCUGUGGUGAAAGAUGAAGAUAAUAUUCUAAAAGAUAGUAACUUUGGUUGGAGAGCAUUGAGGCUGCUAGCAAGAAGAAGCCCACAUUUUUUCUCUCUUAAUACUACGCAGUACCAUCCAUUGUCAACAUAUCUAGAAGUAAUGGUUCAAAAAAUAGCUCACGAGAAACCAGGUCGAGUAGAUGAAAAUAGUCAGGAAUCUCAACAAGAGCCAGAAAUGGAGGAGAAUAUUCUGACCGAAGAACAAACUGCGGAAGAUUUUAAACAAAACGACCAAGAGAUGUUUGCAGAUGAUAGUAACCCAAGAGUAGAAAUCAAAAACAUAAGUGAGGAGAGGUUGCAUUUGAUUAUUGAAAAAAUUGAACCUCAAUGGGAGAAAUUGGGAACUAAGCUGGGAUAUAAACCAGACGAAAUAGAAUGGUUUAAAAAUGAACAUCAAGGACGUCUUGACCAAGCUAAACACAUGAUGCAGCUUUGGUUUGAAGAUGACGAGGACGCUAAUUUUGACAAUCUUCUAUAUAUUUUAGAAGGAUUGGAAAUGAGUGAGGCCGCUGAAGCUGUUCGAAACGAAUUGAAUAAUACUAUGGAAACUUGACAGAAGGAUUUCUCUGAAAUUUUAUUUCCUAACACACCUUAAUAUGCAUGUUAAAUAUCUUAUUGACCCAAAUAGUAAUUAUAUUAGUUAUUCAGUUUCUGAAUUAAACAAAUAUAUUAUUUGUGUAUUAAGUUGUCAGAGUUCAAAUAAAUAUUAUAUUUU